UCUUUUCUAGUGAUUCACUGUUCCAAAAGAAGUUACUUCAUGCACAGGUCCACAGAAUGGAACAAGUGGAGAAAACGCAGCAGUGAGACAUUGAGGGACAGAUCCUAUUUCACCUGCACACAUAGCCUUGGUGGUUGGUGUAAGAGGGUUCCAAAAUGUCUUACAAUGUGACUCUCAAUGGACCUGGACCAUGGGGUUUCCGACUGCAAGGGGGAAAGGACUUCAACAUGCCCUUGACCAUCUCCAGAAUCACUCCAGGUAGCAAGGCAGCCCAGUCACACAUGAAUCAGGGGGACCUUGUGGUGGCCAUUGAUGGAGUCAACACAGAAGGCAUGACCCACCUGGAAGCCCAGAACAAGAUCAAAUCAGCCAGCUACAACCUGAGCCUCACCCUUCAGAAAUCGAAACGCCCAGCACCAGUUCCAACAGCAACACCCAGAGUUGACUCUCCCAGGCCGGUAAUUCCCCAUCAGAAGGACCCUGCUUCGGAAAUCAAUGACAGCAGAACAACGUUCAGUCUUCUAACUAACACAGCCACUGGGCCUUUGAAUACUAUUUUAGCAACUGAUGAAACACUUUCAGGCUACCUCAGCAAGCAAGAAAUCAGCUAUUCAAAUAGUUAUUCCUUCUUAAAGACUACUGCAGUUAGAACUUCCAUGUCUUCUCAAUCAGUGACACCUGACAUUUCACCUCCAAAGAGUAAUCUAAGUUCAAAACAAAGCCCUGUGUUCACUGAUGGCUGUAGUUCUAAACACGAGCUGAGCCCCGCAAGGCAGUAUAACAACCCUAUUGGCCUUUACUCAGCAGAGACACUAAAGGAAAUGGCUGAGAUGCAUAAAUUAAACCUCAAACGAAGGGCUUCAGAAGGUGGACUUCCAAGAGGUGAAUCUCCAUUGGCUACACUUCCUGUUAAAGAUCCUCAUGUAGACAGUGCUUCUCCAGUGUAUCAGGCUGUGCUUAAAACUCAGAACAAGCCUGAAGAAGAGCUCGAAGACUGGAGUCGCCGUUCUGCCAAUCUACAGUCAAAGUCUUUCCGCAUCCUUGCCCAGAUGACAGGAACGGAGUACAUGCAAGACCCAGAUGAAGAAGCCCUGCGGAAAUCAAGAGGCAAGGAAAAUGUUGCUGCAGCAGCUGAAAACAGUACCCCUGUUGAGCAUGCUCCAGUGUCUACCAGCUCUGCCUCUGCUCCUAUGCCAGCUGCUUCAGCCAAUCAGCCUGCUACUGUUGCUCAAAACACAACCAAUCAGAUGACACCACCUUCAGCCAGCCCUACUUCAGUAAUACAAGACUCCUUCUCAUCCUCUUUCCAAAGAGUGUUUGCAGCCCCUACCUCCCUUUCACAGCCUAAACCUUUCACUGGGUCCAAGAACAUGUCACUAGCAGCUUCAACUAUUUCGUGUGCUAUCUCUGCUCAGUCUAGCUUCAACCGGCAUUCUUCUACCUCCAUCAGCUACCAGUCUAAAAAGAGAAGUCCGAGCCAGUCCUAUAUGCCAGCACCAGCUUCCCAUGGUCCAGCUCCUAGCACAAGCUACAGCGAAAGUCCAGUUUCUGCUCCAAAACCAAGAGUUGUCACUACUGCCAGCAUAAAGCCUUCUGUCUACCAUUCAGCCCCUGCCCCGGCAUCAGCCCUGGCGCCGACCCCAGCACCAGCACAUUCUUACAUGCCAGGCCAAGCAGAGCCGGCAAGCCGUCCUCCCUGGGUUACAGAUGACUCCUUUUCCCAGAAAUUUGCACCUGGGAAAACUACCACCAGUGUCACCAAACAUAUCCUGCCACGGGGUGCUCCAGCACCAUCUCCUGCCUCAACUUUAGCCUACCCGACUUCAAUUUCAGCCUCCUCCCAGGCUCCUGCUGUAGCCCGGGGAACUAUUCAAAGGGCUGAGCGUUUUCCAGCCAGCAGCCGAACGCCUCUCUGCGGACACUGUAACAGCAUCAUUCGGGGUCCUUUCCUGGUAGCCAUGGGUCGGACCUGGCACCCAGAAGAGUUCAACUGUGCUUACUGCAAGACUUCAUUGGCAGAUGUGUGCUUUGUGGAGGAGCAGAACAGUGUCUAUUGUGAGCGUUGUUAUGAGCAGUUCUUUGCACCAACUUGUGCCAGAUGCCAUACCAAGAUCAUGGGGGAAGUGAUGCAUGCCCUCAGGCAAACUUGGCAUACAACUUGCUUUGUCUGUGCUGCCUGUAAGAAGCCAUUCGGGAACAGCCUGUUCCAUAUGGAGGAUGGGGAGCCCUACUGUGAGAAAGAUUAUGUUGCUUUGUUCAGCACAAAAUGCCAUGGCUGUGAUUUUCCUGUUGAGGCAGGGGAUAAAUUCAUUGAAGCUCUUGGACACACUUGGCAUGAUACCUGCUUCAUUUGUGCUGUGUGCCAUGUAAAUUUGGAAGGGCAGCCAUUUUACUCCAAGAAGGAUAAGCCAUUAUGCAAGAAGCAUGCUCAUGCCAUCCAUGUCUAAAGGAAGAGCUGGAAGUCAGUGGCAUGGGGAGAAAAGUGGAAAAGUGAGCAGUUACAAAAAAGAUAAUGGUGGCUAACAUUUCUCUUUGGGGGAAAAAAAGCUAGGAAGCUACUGAACAUUUCUGAAGUUUAAUUUAAUCCACUUUGUAUGGACUUUUGCAUGGUCUUUAUAAAAAAACUGAAUGAACACCCAAAAGCAAACUAACCAGUCUAUAGAAAGAAGAAUAUUACUUCAGAAGUUAGACAAGAAAUGUGAUUAAAUUUUAACCUUUCAUAUUUAAAAAAAUAAUAAAACAUCAGAUACUUGUUCUAAUAAACUACCCAGAACAGCUUUACAGCUGAAACCGUACACUAGUGUUAAUGAUAACUGAAAGUCAUUCUUUGUAACAAAAAAAUUAAGUGCCAAAAUAUUAAGCAUAGGAUAAUUUGUAGAAUCUAAAUGAUAGCUUUAAAA